UACUAAGUAGCAGUCCUGCAGUUGUGCGCUCCAUAGUGAGGCCUUAUGUGCACAGGAUCGAAAUAUAGCGGUGUUUAAAUAGUAUUGAUUUUGAUUGGUAAUGUAAACGAACGUGUUUUGUUGUGUUCAAUGGACCACUGUGUUAAAACGUUCACUGCAGUUGGGCGUCAUGGUUAUGCCGUGGAGAUAUCUCCUUAUUUUCCGUCGAGGCUGGCGUGUGCCUCCUCGCAGUACUACGGAAUAGCAGGUUGUGGUACCCUGCUGAUACUGGAACAAAAUGAAGCUGGAAUACACCUGUUCAGAAGCUUUGACUGGAAUGACAGUUUGUUUGAUGUUACAUGGAGUGAGUCUAACGAACAUGUCGUAGUCACUGGUGGCGGUGAUGGAUCACUUCAGAUCUGGGACACAGCUAACCCUGUAGGACCACUGCAGGUGCUUAAGGAGCACACUCAAGAGGUUUACAGUGUGGACUGGAGUCAGACUCGAGGAGAACAGUUAGUUGUAUCUGGUUCUUGGGAUCACACUGCUAAAGUGUGGGACCCUGCAAUAAACAGAUCCAUAUGCACUUUUCAAGGUCAUGAAGGUGUAAUUUACAGCACUGUUUGGUCUCCUCAUGUUCCAGGUUGUUUUGCAUCUGCAUCUGGGGAUAACACAUUAAGAAUUUGGGACAUGAAGACAGGAAGUGCAAGGCUCAUUAUUCCAGCACAUUGUGCUGAGAUUCUAACUUGUGACUGGUGCAAAUAUGAUCAGAAUAUUGUUGUCACUGGAGCAGUAGAUUGCAACUUGCGGGUCUGGGACUUGAGAAACAUCCAGGAACCUGUUGCCGAUCUGAAAGGACAUUCAUAUGCCAUCAGAAGAGUGAAGUUUUCCCCUUUUCAAAGAAGUGUUCUUGCUUCAUGUUCUUAUGACUUCACAGUAAGAUUCUGGGACUUUUCCAAGACCGAAGUGCUACUAGGAACAGUAGAGCAUCACACAGAGUUUGUAUGUGGCCUGGAUUUCAGCCUACAUAUCCCUAAUCAGGUCGCAGAUUGUGCUUGGGAUGAAACAGUGAAAAUAUAUACCCCAUCAACUUUGGUAAACCACCUUUAAAAUAUAACCAGGAGGCAGCUGUCAUUUGGAUGAAAAAAAUUAAACUCAAGGAGAUGUAAACACUCUGGAAUAACCCCUACAGUAAUUUCUGCAUUUUAUUUGACAUUUGAAUUUUUUGUGAUACAUCUUCAUAUAAACUUACACCUAAUGCUGUUAUGCAAUGAUACUGUACAACAUACAGUGUAUGUAAAAUUGUGCAUAACCAAGUUAUGUAAAUAAUGUGAAUUUUCUGCCAGUAUAUAAUAAUACAUGGCCUAGAAAAGAAAAAAUAAUCAUUGGAAAAUCUAUUAAUAAAUCUAUGUACCGGUUAAGUGUCAGGUUUUUUCGGGUGUGUGCCACAGCGCAAAGGACUCAACAAAAGAUCCUGCCAAAUACAGAAUUAUGUUAUGAAGUUCACAAUAUAAACUCACAAUUGCACAAAGGAAGUUUAAAUUGUUCAAUCAAUUUAAAGUAACAUAAAUUAUUUGAGUUUAUGAAGACCAGAUCUUUAUGAAUAUGGAGAUAUUAUCACUGCCAAGACUUUGGUGUUCAACAUGCAUGAAGAAGCAGAACUACUGUAACUACAGGAUCAUACAGGGAGAUGGACAGUGCAACAAAUGUGUUUUCUCAGAGUCAAGGCCUUGCAUUUCCUAUCAUGGUGCUUUCUGCAGAAGACAACAAAAAAGUAUCUACCCAAUGCCUGUUUAUACUAGAAGUGCUGUGCAAUUGAAUAUGACAAUAAAUUAUUUUGGUAAUGUUG